AUGCAACCUGAACAAUUUCAGCCACAAUUGAUGUCUAAGCAAAGAAACAUAAUUAACACUUUUUAUUACUUCCUUUUUACUCAAGUAAGAGGACCAAUAACUAGAUUGUCAUGUAAGUUUCAACUCUUGAAGUAUAUUCUCUCUCAAUUUUCAACAUCUUACCACCUUCAAACUCUAAUUUCAAACCAACAUAUUAAAUGUAUCCAAGAUGGAAUUUUAUCUUUCUUGAAGCUCAUUGAAUCCCUACACCUUGAAGAAGAGGAGUAUCGUAGUAAGAGUGAACCAUCAAUUUGCAAAAAAACAAUGGCUUGUCCUCAACAUAUAAUAACAAGGAGAUUCACUCCUUCACUUAAAGGAAUGUUGAAGAACAACAAACAAGUUAGGGAGGUUCCAAAAGAAAAUACAAGACCUAGUUGUGUUAUUCGUCCACGCGCCGUCUUAUCUAGUCCUGAUAAUGAUGAACUAAUUGGAAGUAUAAAUGAUUUGAAGAACAAUAUAUCCUUAACAAAGAGAAAGAAAGAUGCAAGAGGGGCAGUAGUGGAGGGUCAUGCUAAGGUUCUGGCUAAUCAAAGACAAAGCUCCACGAAAAGCAAAGGGCACGUUUGA